CCCCGCCCCGCCCCGCCCCGCCUCCCGCCGCCGCGGCGGCCAUGGCGGCCAGGCAGCUCCCGGCGCUGGCGGGCGCGGCACUUGGGAGGCCUGGGUCAGACCCUCUCUGGGUCAGAGGACGGUCCCGGCAGCGUCUCAGUUUAACCCUCCGCUCGGCUUCCGAUGGAGGCCGCGGCGACUCCCGCUCUCAGGACACAGCCGCUGAGCCCGGGAGACAACCGACGAGCGAAGAGUUAACCCCGGAAGAGCGGCGCAUCGCGGACCUGCACUCAGCGGCCUGCGAGGCUGGCCAGCUAAACUAUGUGGAUCCUGCUACUGGUUACCUGGUGCUCACAAAACUCGCUCACUUGCAGAGAGGUCAAUGCUGCGGUUCUGCCUGCAGACAUUGUCCCUAUGGCCAAGUCAAUGUUAAAGAUUCAUCUAAGAAGAAGCGAUUCAAUUCAUAUUUUUAUGUUUGAUGUCAGUUUCAUCUCUGUUCUGUAAUUGAAACUAUAUUUAAUAAAAUCGUAGUCCCAAAUUAA